AUGAAGGUUGAGCGUACUUACAUUAUGGUAAAACCCGACGGGGUUCAACGUGGAAUAAUUGGCGAAGUGUUGAAGCGUUACGAGCAGCGUGGGCUAAAACUUGUAGCUGCCAAGUUCUGCAAGCCAUCGGAACAAGUUGUAGCGGAGCAUUAUGUUGAGCAUCGUGAGAAGCCCUUCUUCUCUGAGCUUUGUGACUUCAUUGGCCAAGGGCCUGUGUUCUGCAUGAUAUGGGAAGGCCCGGAAGCCGUAAAGAUCGGCCGCAAAGUCGUCGGUGUAACUUCUCCAUUGGAAAGUGAUGCGGGUACUAUUAGGGGUGAUUUUGGUGUAGUAACUCACCUAAAUCUAGUCCACGCCAGCAGCUCAAUCGAAGAUGCCGAGCGUGAAUGCCACCUCUGGUUCAAACCUGAGGAGAUUGUAUCUUGGGAUCGAAGUGUAGGUAGCUGGAUCUACUGA